AUGGACCGUGAGUGUAUGGACAAGAUCAACAAUUACUGUCAAAAGCACAAACUUACACUGGCUUAUGCCAACGUCAGGAUGACUGGCCCAUCUCAUGAUCCUGAGUUCACAGUUGUGGUUAAAAUAAACGAUGUAGAAUAUGGUACUGGCACUGGUAAAAAUAAGAAGGAAGCAAAUGCAGCAGCAGCAAAAAAAACCUGGGAAAUGAUUAAAAACCAGCCAGAGAGUCCUUCAAAUGUGCAAGCUGCAAAAUUAAUGACAUCUCCAGUGACCUCAUCAGCUGUAUCACCCAGCGACUAUGUCAGCCUACUAAAUGAGUAUUCACAAAAGACAUUGCAAGCAGUUGAUUAUUCUAACAGAAUCCGUUCUGGAGCCGCCCAUGCUCCUGUGUUUUCUUGUAGCUGUAUGAUUAGUGGUGUUUUGUAUGGAAUUGGCACUGGACCUACUCUAGGUGCUGCAAAACAAGCUGCCGCAAAACAAGCGUAUGAGCAGCUAAAUAUGGAACCAGCUCUAACAAUGGAAAGCGAAACAUCUAACGACAAUUCUACAUUUAGCAAACAUAGUAAUUCCUCUCAAGUGCAAACUCAGUCUGAUUUAAAUAACAGCAGUAUUUGCUUUAAAGACUCAGCUGCAGAGUUGGUAGAAAAAGUGAAAGACAUGGCAGUAGGUGAAAAGCCUUUACGUUCUCAGAAAGACGUACAAGGUUCUGCCCAGAAAUCCAGAAGAAAAUUGGCAGCUAAUUUUGACAAAGCAAGAAACAAGCAAGAGGAAAAAAAGACAUCAGAUUCAGAUGAAAGUUUGCCAGGUUUGGACACAGAUACCAGUGAGGAGAAUAAAAGUCCAUACACUGUGAAUAAAAGAUUUCUUAGGGAAUUUAAAAAUAUAAUGCCUAUUGGUGCAGGUGGUUUUGGGAAUGUUUUCAAGGCAACAGAAAAGAUUGAUAAGAGAACCUGUGCAAUCAAACGAGUUCAAUUCACAGACAAAGUAAUGCGUGAAGUAGAAGGACUUGCAGGACUUGACCAUGAAAACAUAGUGCGGUAUUAUUGUAGCUGGAAAGGGCACGACCGCAUAAGUUUUCCAGACUCAAGGUAACUACAAGAUAAAGUAAUUCUCUGUCUUUUCAUCCAAAUGGAAUUAUGUGAACAAGGGUCAUUGGAAAACUGGAUUGAAAAGAAUAGACUAGACCAAAAGUAUAACCAGAUGGCAGAAAACAAAUUUUUACAAAUACUGGAAGGAGUGAAAUAUAUUCAUUCUAAAGAGUUAAUUCAUCGAGACCUCAAGCCUCAGAAUAUAUUCAUAUCACGUCAAGAUAAAAUAAAAAUAGGUGACUUCGGUCUUGUGACUUCUGUGACAUAUGAGACACUGACUGAGAACAGAGGAACAAAAUCAUAUAUGGCACCAGAACAGUUCGGGGACAAAUAUGGAAAGGAAGUAGAUAUUUAUGCACUGGGAUUAAUUUGGUUUGAAAUUCUUUCGGCAUUCACUGGUCAUGAGAAAAAUGUGGUAUGGAGCAAGGUUAGAGAUGGGAAACUUCCAGAGAGCUUCACCAACCGAUUUCCAACAAGCGCACCCAUAAUCAAAAAGAUGCUUUCAAAAUGCUCUUUAGCAAGAUAUUCUGCAUCUGAAAUACUUCAUUUUUUAAAACCUAAUAAAGACAAUGCCUCUGCUGGCCUUAGUGUCAGACCCACGAAAG